GAACUCUUAUAAGCGGUGGUAGUUAGAGAAGAGUAACUCGAUGGGUAGGAGGAGUGCGACUUUGAAUUGGUCUUUGCGGCCCACUAUAAACAAAUAAUAGAGUAUAUAUCUACCUUAUCUUGAAUCUUGAUGGGUUCUCAGAUUCUCAAAAUCUCACCGUUUACUCUGAUUUUCAGCUCCACCUCAUUGUUGAGAUUCCAUGCCAAAAGGAAUUGUGGCCAAUUCAGGCAUUUAGGUUUUGUUUGUUCAAGUAAGAGAAGGUUCAGAGGUGGGAUUAUUGCGAUGGCUACACCAGGCUCCGUUCACAAGUCAGAGGAGGAGUGGCGUGCAAUUCUCUCCCCUGAGCAGUUCCGUAUUCUAAGACAGAAAGGAACCGAGUACCCAGGUACUGGAGAAUAUGACAAGUUUUCUGGUGAAGGAGUCUACCAAUGUGCAGGAUGUGGCACUCCCCUCUACAAUUCCACAACAAAAUUCAACUCAGGCUGUGGUUGGCCAGCUUUCUUUGAGGGUCUUCCUGGAGCUAUUAAUCGCACUCCUGACCCUGAUGGCAGGAGGAUUGAGAUUACUUGUGCAGCUUGUGGUGGCCAUCUCGGUCAUGUUUUCAAGGGUGAGGGGUUCCCGAACCCAACAAAUGAGCGCCAUUGCGUCAAUAGUAUUUCCCUCAAGUUUACACCGGCAAAUUCCUAAUCCAUCGCACUUGGGAUGUGAUAUUUAUCACAGCUUUAUAUUUCUCACGCAUAGUUAGAUGCUAUGUUAACUGUUGAUGGCAGUGUUGUGUUUUGGAAAUAAAAGUUUACUUUUAAGCCUUGCGCUUUCUUGGAAA